CGCUAAAAAGCCAUCAUCCAAAUUUCGAAGUCCACAGCUCACAUUGUGUUGGUUCGUUUUCGGCUUGAAAGAGAAGAUGUGGAAGAACAACGACCGCUCUUCCAAUCUUCGCCUGUUAGCUGUGGAAUUCCUUAUUGAAUCUGCUCAUCAACUAAAAGUUACUCCAAUCGUCAAAUACACCGCAUUAUCCCUAUUUGCUGAUCGAUUCCAUCCUUCUCUCUCCAGGUUCGUAGGCCAACACGACAAGGGAAACUGGCUUUUGCAUCCCUUAACAGAGAGCAAUCUGCAGUUAUUUGCACUCGUUUCUAUGUGGAUUUCCAGCAAAAUACAUGAUUCUCGUCCUUUUUCUGUCAAAAUGUUGAAGAACUUGAGUGACAAGAGCAUUAGAGAACAACAUUUUACAUCCCGAGACUUCUUGGAAGCGGAGGUGCUCUUCUUGCAGGUUCUGAAUUAUGAGAUUGGUGCUGGAAAUAUUGCUUUUGCUUUCCUUGAAGACCUCCUAGCUCAAUUCAGGGCAGUGGCAAAGGUUGGGGAAUUUGUCAAUAUUGAAGCAUGCAUGGAUAUCAUGGAUCUUCUUUAUGAAAAGGAAAAGACAUCAAUUCUUUAUUGUUCUCCUCGUUCUCUUGCUGCAUCCACAUUGGUUGCUUCAUAUGUUAUUGCUGUUCCUAAACAGAGAUGGAAAUUUCCUGUUCUUCCUUGGGUGAAGUUUGUUUCUUCAUUCAAAGAAGAGGAUGUUGUAGAAAUUGUCAGAGACAUUCUUAAGCAUGUGUUCGAGCCUUGAUGUUUGCCAAAUACAAAAUAUUGCAACAGAAGACAUUGAUUUCAGUGAGCUUUUUACAGUGGAUUCUAUUGGAGGGGGAAAAAAGAAAGGGAAAUGCAGACAUUUAAUGUCCCUUUGGAUUCCGAUAAUGGAGCUUGGAGAAAUUAGUGGCCAAGAAGAAAAAAAAAGGUUUGGAUACAAGUGGUUGAUCUCUGAUUAUUCUAUUAUCUUGGGGUGAUAUGAUUUUAGAGGGCCAGACUUAUAAUUGAGGACUCCAACUCCAAUAUAACAAGUGAAGAAUGGAGCAGAGUCAACUUAUAUCCAGCCAUGCCAAGUCUUUCCAAUUUCACAUGGUCCUGUUUUUUGUUUUUUUAGCAUGCUUUUUGUUCAAAUGUCCUUUUACUCGCAUUUCAACACAUUAUUAAAUGAGAUUUUUCCGCAAGCCAAAUCUUAGUAAGUGAAUAUAUGUUAGUCUAAAUCUCAAAGAAUUCACAAUU